AUUUAUUUGUGAUCAAUUAAAAUAAUAUAUAGUUAAUUUUUGAAGGAAUUACCUUUGAUGAAGAUAUUCAAUGACUCUUAGAAGAUUUUUUCAUAAUGGAUAUAAGAUUUACAAGUUGGCAAUAAAUAGAGCAUUCAGUAGCAAGAAUUUAUUUUAUACAAAUGUUUUCCUUUCCAUUGGAAUAUCCACUACUGGAGAUUUCUUAGAACAAUGUUUUGAAUUGUACACUAAAGAAAUAGAUAAAUUAGACCAUGCAAGAACAGCCCAAAUGGCAUUUUCUGGUUUGACUGCUGGUGUUAUAUGCCACAAUUGGUACAUUUUUCUUGACAAAAUUAUCAUUGGCCGCACAUUUGAUAUGGUCAUCAAAAAGUUACUGCUCGACCAGUUCAUUUGUUCCCCCAUAGUUAUUAUGUCAUUCUUUGCCACUGUUGCUAUUUUUGAAGAAAAUCCAUUCGAGAAUUUCACAGAUGAAGUGAGAGAUAAGUUUUGGAUCUUAUAUAAGGCCGAGUGGUAUGUGUGGCCUCCAGCACAGAUUAUAAACUUCUAUUUUUUGCCCACUAAAUAUAGAGUAUUGUAUGACAACACCAUUUCAUUGGGCUAUGAUAUCUAUACCUCUCAUAUAAAACAUAGUAAAUCAAUCAAACAUUCACAUAAGGAGCAUAAAGAUGAUAAAGCAGAUAAGACAUAGAAUUAUGCAUGUUGUAAAAUAAAAAUAAAAAAUUUCAUUAACAACUGUUUUUAUUUUAACCUUAUUCAUGUUAAUUUCAUUUUAUUUCCAGAUACAUACAAUGCAAGCCAUAGGUGUUACUUGGAGAAAAAUAGCAACAAACAUACGGAAAUCCAGUUCA